AUGCGUAUCUGCAAGAGGUGUGGAGAGCCAUUGACUGGUCAGUUUGUUCGAGCCCUGGAUGGCACGUUUCAUCUGGAUUGCUUCAAGUGUCGAGACUGUGGCGAGAUUGUGGCGUCCAAGUUCUUUCCCGCUGAUGAUGAAAAUGGCGAGGGUCCCUAUCCUCUCUGCGAAACGGACUACUUUCGGCGGCUGGGCUUACUCUGUUUCCAGUGCGGAGGAGCGCUGCGAGGAUCGUACAUCACAGCCCUAGACAGGAAGUACCACGUCGACCAUUUUACAUGUUCCCUUUGCCCAACCAUCUUUGGAGCCCAAGACAGCUACUAUGAGCACGAAGGAAAUGUGUACUGCCACUACCACUACUCGACGCAAUACGCACAACGGUGCAAUGGCUGCCAGACUGCAAUCCUCAAGCAGUUUGUUGAGAUUUUUCGCAACGGCCAAAAUCAACACUGGCAUCCUGAAUGCUACAUGAUUCACAAAUUCUGGAACGUCCGACUUGGUCAGCCGAGCGACACGCCCCAACAAAUCCCAACAGAACCAGAGAAUGAUGCCGCAAGAGAGGCGAUACGGGCGGAAGAGGAACGUAUGGAAGAGAAGGUGUACCGUAUUUGGAGCGUGCUGUCCACGUUUGAAGAGUCGUCCGCUGCGUGUAUUUCGGAUAUGCUCCUUCACGUCAGCAACGGCGCGUACGUUGAUGGGGUGCUCGUUGCCAAGCGUUUUAUCUGGCACGUCGAGGCUCUGUUUCAGUCAGCCGACAGACUGGACCACAUGGUACUCGCAAACAAUGAAAAAGGCUUAUCGUAUGGGCGCGAGGCAAAACUGCUUUGCAAGAAAAUAGUCUCCUUCUUUUCACUGCUUUCCAAGACUCAGGACACGACUGUGCGGAAACUCGGUGUCACCCAGGAACUCCUUUCCCUCGUCACCGGUCUAGCCCACUAUCUCAAGCUACUCAUCAGGAUUUGUCUGCAAGGGGCAUUGCGUCUUGAGAGGGACUCGGGACUCAGCGACGGGUUAGACCGACUCUUGGCCGGUCUGAACGACUUUGAGACUUCCAAGUCGGAUGAGAGCCUCAUGCAUCUGACGAUGGGGAGGCCCAAGUUGUCUGCCAAAGAUUCUGAUCAUUGCCCCCUGUGCAAACGGUCUGUCGAGGAUGAGUGCGCCAAGAAUGGUGAUUUUCGAUGGCAUCUCGCAUGCAUGAAAUGCAGCCAUUGCGGCAGUGAGCUGAGCCGAGCUCUAACGGAGGCUCACCACAAUGCCUUCGACGGCAAAGUCUACUGCAGAAACUGUGUCGCCGUCAACACAGACGGAGUCUUGCCCUUUGUACACGUCACUAAGCUUGGCCAGUAUGUCUUCUUGUUGAAGGUAGCCUUGGCUAGACUCCUAGAUAUCCUUCGCAGUAAUGGUACGUUGCCGUACCCAAACGAAGACUUGUCCGUCGCUUCCCCGGACCAAAAGCAGCCGGGGGCUCCGCCAUUCCUUUCCUCAGAUGCGAGAUCCAAAUCCUAUGCAGGCACCACCGAUCAAAGGGAGACCAAGCGCGAAUCGACGUAUGAGACCACGCUCAACGAAGUCCGGAGACUCCGAAGCACUCGACUUGACCGUCACCUGUCCACGAGCGUUCGUCAGGCACGAUCCUCGCGCGUUAUGGACGCGGACGGCAGGGGACCACGUCCAAGUUCCGCUGGCGCUGAUGAAAACAGGAACGACCUUCAGAGCUCAACCGACCUGAUGUUUGGACAGAAUGAUGCCAUUACACUGGACGACAUUCCGCGGAUUGUUGCCGUCGAACAGUCUCGCGAGGCACAGCAAAAGAGGGAGCAAGAUGCUCGCCGGGAUCUUCUCUGCAAUCCAGGCGGUACCGACGGACUGCCGCCCCAAGGUCAUCAACGCACGCAAUCUGUUGGUAGAGAUCCUGAUAUGCAUGCUGCAGAGGCCAUUCCUACCCGCAUGAUGCGAAAAUUCUUCCCCGAGCUGUCAGGGCUGGAGUAUUUCAACGUGCGCCACUUGGCUGUAUUAACAUUGCAUCCAAUGGUGGAGCAAGAGUUUGCCCUCGAGGAGCUAUUGACCUUUAUCGAAUCACGAAAGCCACCAACGUUCUGGAAGAACCUCGGCAAAGCCUUCAAGAACGACAAGAACAAGAAUGUGAAGAAGAAGGGAGUGUUUGGCGUCCCCUUGGAAGUCAUCAUCGAACGCGACGGGGCUGAUUCGACGGACGGUGUUGGUCCCGGGACCUUGCGCAUCCCCGCCAUUGUUGACGAUAUCAUUGCGUCGAUGCGAAAGAUGGACCUGUCAGUGGAAGGCGUUUUCCGGAAGAACGGCAACAUCAAAAAGCAGCAGGAACUGGCAGAAAAAAUCAACCAGGAAGGCUGUGACGUUGUUAACUUCAUGGAACAGCCAGUGGUGCAGUUGGCGGCGCUUCUAAAACGCUACCUCCGAGAACUCCCCGAUCCUCUGAUGACGCACAAGCUGUACAGGCUAUGGAUAAGCGCGGCGAGACUGCCAGACCUUGAGAGAAGAAAGCAAUGUCUGCACCUGAUAUGCUGCCUGUUACCCAAAAGCCACCGCGACAGCCUGGAGAUCUUGUUCACCUUUUUGAAAUGGGCCGGCUCUUUCCAUCAACUCGACGAAGAGGUGGGGUCAAAGAUGGACAUUAGAAAUCUAGCAACCGUCAUAGCUCCCAACAUCCUGACGAAUGCGUCAAAGGCCCCUGCUCUCGACAGCGAGGCCAUUUACGUGAUAGACGCGGUGGAGAUGCUGAUCACCCAUAUCGAGGAGAUGUGUCUGGUACCUGAUGAACUGUUGGCGUUGCUCAACGACCCUUACAUCUUCAGCAACAGCGGCGAAAUCACGACAAAGGAGAUUUUGAAACGAUUUCAAGACCGCAGGGGACAGGUGCCUGGGGCAGCAGAGAUUAGCGAAGUGUAUAACAGACAAGACGUUUCGACACGAUCUCCUCCGAAACGGUCAGAAACCGAUCCUUCGGUCUGGCAAGGCGAGAGGACAGUACGGCGAGUACAAGAUCCGUCGCCACAGCCGGCUGGCGGUGGUGGUGGUGGUGGUGGUGGUGGUGGUGGUGGCCAUCAGGAUCAUGCCACACAUGCCACACCUCCCCAUAAAUGGCCACCCGGAUCAGGGGAACAUGCUCGUGAUCCCUACGAUCCCCAGUUCAAUCAUUCGGACAGCAAUCUGGACCAAUCGGACGGUCAGCGUGGCGAGUGGCGCAACUCGGCCUGGGGACGUCGCGGCGGCGGCCUGGGCGUUGGGGGCGACUCAUGA